AUGGCCGUCAACCCAGCAAUUGAAACCAUCUCACCCCAAGAACGUAAAUUCUUCAUCCAAUUAUCCGGCUCCCCUGGCUCAGGAAAAAGCACCCUGGCGACCCACCUAGCACCCCCAAUAAACGCAGUGAUCUUCUCCCACGACUCCGUCCGCUCCACCCUCCUCGCCUCGCUCCCCUUCGACGCCGCGGCGAAAUUCACAUAUGAAAUCGGCUGGACAAUUGCGCACGACCUCAUGGAGCAGACCAAAAAUGUGAUCAUGGAUAGCACGUGUAAUUACCAGGAAACCCUUGAUAGAGGGGAGGAACUGGCGAGAGAGGGCGGGUUUGAGUAUUGGUAUGUGGAGUGUCUGGUUGAGGAUGGCGAGUUGUUGGAUCGACGGUUGAAAGGGAGGAGAGCGAUGAGGAGUCAGAGGACGGGGGUGGGUAGUGAGGGGGCACCGAGGGAUGCUGGUGGGAAGGUGGUUAAUAGGAAACCUGUGAGGUUGAUGUGGGAGAGGUGUGUUGUUGUUGAUUCGACGAAGGGGGUGGAGAUGUGUUGUGAGGAGGUGUUGAGGAGGUUGGGGGUGUGA